AUGUUUUGCUGUUUCUGUCUGCUGUUCACCUCAGAUGAUAUCUACUCCUCAAGCCUUCAGAUGCUUCACCUGGGUCAUGCCCUCUGGUACCCAGAACCACAUGAAUCGGGCAAGCCGCAGAUUGGUGACGUAGGGGUCAUUCACGAAGGAGCGUUCAUCAGGCUGUUCAACCUCGACACCUCUACUCUAGAGAAGAAGGUCACAUUCUGGAACCCGCAGUUUGAGAAUGCAGAGCCUCUGCCUCCAGGCGUACCCAAGAUCGACCGCAGACAUCAACCAUUCGCGCCUGGCCAAUAUUGUAGUCAUGGAGUGGAGAGCGAGCAACAGCACACCUCGUCAAACAGAAUGGCUGAUGCCAAUGUAUCCCCAACCUUUGCUGCCAACUACACAUGCAAAGCAGCACAGGGUGCGAUUCUCUCGCUCAAGAGUGAAGCUCAUGUUGAGACAGUACUCGAGCUUGGAAAUGGGAUCCUGGAAAACUACAUUGCCCAGCAUCACAACGUCAAGACAGAAGCUGACUGGGCUGUGGCUGCCUUCUGCAACGUCAGCACAAGCUCCAGCGCUUCAGUUGAGGAUGAUGCCCGCAGCAUCGCGGAGGUUAGAGUUGGAUGGUCUCAAUCAAGGUCUGUAACAGGCCCACGGAUGCAGCGGCAUGGUCAGUACUACUUGCCGGAUGCGUCUCUCCUCCGUCCUGCGGAGCCCACCAGAGACCAGUGUGUCUUGUUGAAGCGUUGCAAGCUGCGCAAGCGGCUAGGAAUUCUGAAGAUCUUUGUGGGUGCAGGCCAUCGCCGGCAUCCGGAUGUGGGCAAGGGACGAGGUGGUUCAGGAGAUGAAGGGCUUGUGCCACGGGAGGAAGGUCUUAAUGACGCAAAUAUGCCAGAGUUCGAGGGCGAGAGCGAGAUUCCUGACACGCUGGACAUCCUUCUGGACUACAUACUGGAGAAUGGCAAGUACGUGGUCAAUUUCGCGAGCUAUCUCUGCCAUGUGCAGCCUCCAGUGCAGGUUGACGGCACCCUUGGGCUGAUUUGCACAGGAGACAUGAUAUCUCUUCACGAAGAGCGCACUUUCCCACGUCGCACCAUCACAUCUAAUGACUUCAAACUGGUGGAGCACCGGCGCAUCUUCACAACCUCUAGUGAUCAAGAGGGCACUUUCACACAUCACGCCAUCACAUCUACCAACUCCAAGCCGGCCGGAUGGUCAGGUUAUCGGAGGUACCAGCGCAUCUUCACUGGCUCCUCGGAAAAAGAUGCUCUACCCCCUGAGCUGCAACCGCUCAUCUUUGUCGACUUGCAAGCUCUAUCCGCACGCUGCAAACGCUUCUCGCUGUCAACCAAUGGCAAGCUUCUGGCUGCAUACUUUGCCAACAGUGAUAUCCUCAUAUGGUAA